AAUUCUUAAUGCCUUUGUUAUAACGAGAAAGGACUUUCAGCUUCUGAGCAGUGCUGCGGUUCCCUUAAAUCUCAUUUCGACGACCGCCCCUGAACGCAGCACGUGAGGUAAACGGGAGCAGAGGACGAGUCUAGCAGCGUGGACAUGUCGGACCCGGCGGCGCAGGCCUCCCAACCCCGGCUUCUCCAAGCCCAGACCGCUGGGUCAGCUGGGUCCAGUACUGCCGCGACAGGCUCCGGGUCAGGGAACAGUGAUCCGGCGAGACCGGGACUUAGCCAGCAACAGCGUGCGAGCCAGAAGAAAGCCCAAGUCCGAGCUUUCCCACGGGCGAAAAAGCUUGAGAAACUUGGCGUAUUCUCCGCCUGCAAGGCCAGUGACACAUGCAAGUGCAACGGAUGGAAAAACCCAAAUCCCCCCUCGGCCACACGUAUGGACCUGCAGCAGCAAGCAGCCAGUCUCAGCGAGCUGUGCCGCAGCUGUGGACAUGCUCUGGCUGACCACGUGUCCCACUUGGAGAAUGUGUCUGAGGAUGAGAUUAACAGGCUGUUGGGGAUGGUGGUGGAUGUGGAGAACCUCUUCAUGUCUGUUCACAAAGAGGAGGACACGGACACCAAACAGGUCUACUUCUACCUGUUCAAGCUGCUGAGGAAAUGCAUCCUGCAGAUGAGCCAGCCGGUCGUAGAAGGAUCCCUGGGAAGUCCACCCUUUGAGAAGCCCAACAUAGAGCAGGGGGUUUUGAAUUUUGUUCAGUACAAGUUCAGCCACCUGGCACCAAAGGAGAGGCAGACCAUGUUUGAGCUGUCGAAGAUGUUCCUCUUGUGCCUAAAUUACUGGAAGCUGGAGACACCGACGCAGUAUCGCCAGCGCACCCAGAAAGACGACGGGACGGCAUACAAAGUGGACUACACAAGGUGGCUCUGCUACUGCCACGUCCCCCAGAGUAACGACAGCCUGCCGCGCUAUGAAACCACCCACGUGUUCGGACGCAGCCUGCUCAAGUCCAUCUUCACCGUGACCCGCCGCCAGCUCCUGGAGAAGUUCAGAGUGGAGAAGGACAAGCUGCUACCAGAGAAACGCACACUCAUCCUCACACACUUUCCCAAGUUCUUGUCCAUGCUGGAGGAGGAAAUCUAUGGGGAUAAUUCACCCAUCUGGGAGGCUGACUUCACCAUGCCUGCCUCUGACGGCACACAGCUCGGACAUCAGACCGGGAUCAGUCCCACUGCGGGGUCCGGCUCCCCCGCGCUGCCCAAAGGUCUCAGCAGCAUGUCCUCUCUGGGCAGCUCGGACGCCGGCGCCGCAGAGCCCAACACCGGGGAGAAACGCAAACUGCUGGAGGUGUUGACGCUGGAGGACGCCAAGCGGAUCCGUGUGAUGGGAGACAUUCCAAUGGAGCUGGUCAAUGAAGUCAUGAUGACGAUCACUGACCCUGCCGCCAUGCUCGGACCGGAGACCAACCUUCUCACUCCAAACGCUGCCCGGGACGAGACCGCCAGGCUGGAGGAGAGGCGGGGAAUCAUAGAGUUCCACGUCAUCGGAAACUCGCUGUCCCAGAAGUCCCACAAGAAGAUUUUGAUGUGGCUGGUCGGCCUGCAGAACGUCUUCUCUCACCAGUUACCUCGCAUGCCCAAAGAGUACAUAACGCGGCUGGUGUUUGACCCGAAGCACAAGACCCUCGCCCUCAUCAAGGAUGGCCGCGUCAUCGGAGGCAUCUGUUUUAGGAUGUUUCCCACUCAGGGCUUCACGGAGAUAGUCUUCUGUGCCGUCACGUCCAAUGAGCAAGUUAAGGGCUACGGUACACACCUGAUGAAUCACCUAAAGGAGUACCACAUCAAACACAACAUCCUCUAUUUCCUCACUUAUGCCGACGAGUACGCCAUUGGCUACUUCAAGAAGCAGGGCUUCUCCAAAGACAUCAAAGUGCCGAAAGGACGGUACCUGGGAUACAUCAAAGACUACGAGGGAGCCACCCUCAUGGAAUGUGAGCUGAACCCGAGGAUCCCGUACACGGAGCUCUCUCACAUCAUUAAAAGACAGAAGGAGAUUAUUAAGAAGCUGAUAGAGCGAAAACAGAGCCAGAUCAGGAAGGUUUACCCCGGUCUGACCUGCUUCAAAGAGGGCGUUCGGCAGAUCCCGGUGGAGAGCAUUCCAGGGAUUAGAGAGACUGGAUGGAAGCCCAAUAACAAGGAUAAAGGGAAAGAGGUAAAGGACCCUGACAUGUUAUACAACAUGUUAAAGAACCUCCUGGCCCAGAUAAAGACUCACCCCGAUGCCUGGCCCUUCAUGGAGCCCGUGAAGAAAUCCGAGGCUCCGGAUUACUACGAGAUCAUCCGCUUUCCCAUCGACCUGAAGACCAUGACGGAGAGACUUAAGAACAGAUACUACGUGACCAAGAAGCUUUUCAUUGCCGACCUUCAGCGAAUCAUCACCAACUGUCGCGAGUACAACCCUCCAGACAGCGAGUACUGCAAGAGUGCCAACACCCUGGAGAAGUUCUUCUACUUCAAAUUAAAGGACGGAGGACUUAUUGAGAAAUGAGAUCCGCAGAAUUAUUCAGAUUUCUAAACAGACGUUCAGUCACCCGGACAAAAGAGAACACAUCGCAAGCUGUUGUCAUAUCUGAGUUAAUAAAAGGGUAUGUACAUGACGGGAACAGACGCACAGUCAUCCGAUCAAGUUGAGCAAUGCAAAGUGUCAAAAGGACAUUAUCUUUACGUUGCUCCUUUCAAGUACUCUCAGUGGGUCGAGACGCUACGUGUUUCAUUAAGUGUACCAAAGUUAUAGGUCCAAGUUAUAACCAUGCCACACUUUCCACCAUUAUUUAUAGUAUGAUUGAUUUGGUUUUUGUUGCAUGUAAUGACAUUUGUUUGUACCAAGUUGCUUAAAACUUGUCCCUGUAGCAGAGAUGUACGUAGAGUUCUUUCUUAGAAAACUGGACCUCGGGACCUAAAGCCACGUUGCCUUUCGUUACUGACAGACACUUGAACAUCCGAGCCCUCUUUCAUGUGUAAAAAGACAAAUGUUGCUUCUGGUGUGAAGUCCUUAAAACACUUAAACACCACUAAGUAGUCUGUUGUAGUCAACAAUUCAAUCAGUUGGUCUGUGGAUAAUUAUAAUGCGGUUGUAAAUAAAUUGCAAACACUGAACAUAUGACGGUUAGAGCUUUAGUUUAUGUUGAAUUUUAUUUGGACUGUUGACCUAAAGAGAGCAAAUUAUUUAUCAUUAAGCCUCAUUAUUUUAAACAUUCUAAAGGAUUGCUAACCGAUGACAAAAC